UUUUUUUUGUUGCUGGGUCUACAGGAUAUGUUGCUGAAUUCAUCUUCUAGUGAUGUAAGCAACAGUGUCAAUACUGUUAAACCUCUGGAAGAUGAGCAUCUACCCAACAAGCCUCGUGGAUGGUUGAAUUGGCUAUCACGCGGCAUGCUUGGGGCUGGAGGAACUGAUGAUUCUAGCCAAUUUUCUGGUGUUAUUUCAGAUGAUGUGGUCAAGGAUAUAUAUGAAGCGACAAAGUUCCAGCCUGUGCUGCCACCAAAUGAUGAUGCUCCUGCAGACAAUAAAAUCUAUUUCUCUUCAUUGAAGUUCAGCAUUAAACAAAUUUCUGCUACUAUACGGAGCAUGAAGCUGGGUUAUGCCAUUGCCAACAUGGUACUUAAGGGGAUUUUUGUUGGGUGUGAGACUUGGGAAGAGGGUGCUGUUAUCAUUGCUGAAAUAAACUCGGCUGAGAUGCUCAAUCCAUUCAACAAACAAGUCGUUUUACGAACAAGGGUAAAUUCUGAUGGAGGCAAGCCAAGUAUUCAUCAACCUUCUCUAAGUUUCCAACUUGACAUGUCGCAUCUUAAGCAGGCUGCUACUUUAUCUGUGAAGGCAUCUAUCCAGCCACUUCACAUAACCUGUGAUUUAGAAUGUGUCAAGAAUAUUACGAGUCUUUCUUUCCUUUUGGAACACUCCUGUUCUCUGCAGGACAUGAUUCUGUCGUCCAUCAACAAAAUUCAAAAUAUUAAUGCACGACUUCAGACUAAAAUUGGGCACGUCUUAUCAGAUCGCAAGAUUGUUACAUGGAAUGUCCAUAUAUUGGGUAUUACCGUCCUUGUUCCUGCUGGAGAUGCAAAUUCCGACAUGCAGAAGAUGGUAAAUUAUUCCAAGCCAUUUUUGGUUCUGGAAGCAGGGGAAUUAACCUUUGCAUCAAAAGGUGACAGAGAUACUUUAUUAGCAUCAUCUUGUUGCACUAGUGAUGUUGUCUUGGGUUGUCAGCUUCAAGAUCUCUAUGAUCACUUUGAGAUUAACAUUAGUGAUCUUGAGGUAAAAUUUUUGACUUCAUAUUCCUCUGGAACUGUCAACCUUCUGGAGAAAUUUAGUACCAAUAUCAAUUUGAGAUUGUGCAUUAUUCCUGACGAAUCAGAGUUGAAAAAUUGUGAGGUUGAUAUUGAGGUUUCAUCAGUUCUUGCUCACUUUUCACCAUUACUAUACGGGGCAAUUAUGGAACUAAUUGUAGAUUUUGAUAUAUUGCGUCUAUCAUCAGACUCCUUGGCGCCAACUACAGUUAAUGGAUGUGGGAUAUCUGCGAUUUUUUGGUUCUCCAUUGCUGCAAAUGUGAAAUCUAUUGGUUUCUUGAUCGAUUUUGAAAGUGAUGUAGAAAAUGCUUGCAGUCUCAUGCUUUUGCUUCAGAUAUUAAAUAUUCGUUGCAGGUUUGAUGGAAAAGAGUCCUUAGAGGGAAGGGCCUCAGUGAAGGAUAUAAACAUCCAUGAUUAUUGUGGUAGAAGUGAAGGGAAAAGCCUUACCUUUUGCUCAUCUCGAAGCUCGUCAGGAUCUAUGUAUCAGGAUGAUAAUGGUGUCAGAAUUGGUCGUCAAACUGGGGAUUCCGAUAACAAAAGUAGUACCAAUGAUCCGUGCAUUCUGUUCCAUUACAAAUACUGUGAGAAUUCAGGAUUCAUUGGUCAUGAAUGUAAAUUGAGUUUAAGUGGUCUUGAUAUUCACUGCUACCGUUUUAUAAUUGGAGUUUUGGUAGGAUUUGCUGAUAAGCUAUCUAAAAUCAGAACUUCUCUUCGAGUUGCGGGCAACCCUUUAGUGAAUGGCAACAAUUGCAUUCCUAGUUUUCUUUCCUCGCUUCAAAAUUCUGGUUUCUCCAACUUUUUUAAAACUUCUGUGUCUGAAUGGGCAAGCAUUUCAUUGGAUCAUUUCCCUUUCAUCACCCUAACAGAUACUGGUUCUUUACUUAAUCUUGGAGGUUUCUCAAACGAAAAUUUCCCUGAGUGGAGGAAGGUUCUCAAUUUAAGGGACUGCAAGGUCAGAAAUCCUAAGGCCGACAUAGAGAAUAGAUCUAACAGUCAGCUUCCAUUUUCUGUUAAGUCGUCUUCUCAAAUUUAUGAUGCUAAAAAGGCGUAUUUCAUUGAUUUGGAGCUCAGCAGCUGCAGAGUUCAUUUUCAUGAACCCCCUUACGUGAUUGGAACUCUUCUGUUUCCAAAUGUCAAGUCUGCAUUGUGUAUUUGCGCUGACUAUCUGGAUAUACUUUGCUCUGCUGAGGGUUUGGCUCUUUCUUCUUUACAGUGGACUCAAAUGAUGCAGGAUUUCCUUUGGGGUCCCUUGACAUCCAGUUCCUCUCCAACUUUGAACCUACGUGUCAGGAAAGAAAGUGAAAAGUCACCGUUGAAAAUGAGUUUCAGUAUCCAGAAUGUGUCUUGUGUUUUACCGCCUGAGUUCCUUGCAGUUAUCAUUGGUUAUUUUUCCUUAUCUGAUUUGAGCAGUCCCGGUGGAUUGCCUAUUACAGAAAGCUCUAACUCUAAUACUUCAAAAGACAAUGUAUGCACUGAAUUUAUGUUUGAGAUACUGGACUCCAACUUAUUUAUACCGACGGGGGCCAGCGGAUCUCAAUUUCUGAAAUUUGAUAUACAACGGUUAUAUUCUGGUUUCACGCAAAAUGGUGAAGCAAAGUUUGUGCUGAAGGAUAUUCCUGCGGAGUGCUUGGUUACAGAAGAUGAAAUUGCUCACAGAAAUGAUUGUCUAGACUUAUUUGGAUAUGACUUAUCUCUAUCUUUGAUGCAAUUGGAAGAAGAAGCAUCUAAUUGUUCAGGUUCUUUUUAUGGCCCCUCUUGGGCAAAUAUCAUCUUGAUUGCGCCAUUUAGUGCUGAUGUAUGGGUGAGAUUACCAUCCCAAUGUGAAUGUUGCGAUGUCGUAUCCUGUUAUCCAAGUUGCAUUAUGACAAUAGUCAAGGUUUGUCAACUCAACGCUGAAGGUGCAUCACUCAUGAUUGGGUGUGAAGCAAUGAUGGAUAUGAUAGAUCAGUUUUCCUCGGUAAAUAAACAAGCCUUAGCAUUCAAAUCUGAUAUCUUACAGUUUUUUCUAUGCAAGGAGGGAAAAAAGGAAAAAGACGCAUCUCUGCCUCAAGCCUCUCCUGAAAAUUUCAUGAUAAUCCAAGCUUCUGUGAGGUCAAUGUCCAUAAAAUGGCGAGAACAGAAAGGAGAAUCAGUUGCUUCUGACCUCAUUGGGGAGGUUAACAUGCAGUUGCUGUGUUCUGCCUCUUUAAAAAAUGAUGAACUCUCAAGGCUGAGGAUCUCCUUCUCUUAUCUACAGCUAUUCUCAUCACUGAACUCUGUUUUGCUUGCAGAAUGCUGUUCUAACUCUGGCUUACCUGUUAUUGUAACAACAUUUUCAUUGUCUGAUCAUGGUGCAAAUAUGCUUUCUGUUUCCAUGUCUUUGCUAGAUGUUUGGAUACAUUUGUCUGACUGGGUUGCGAUCAUCAAUGUACUCCAUUCUUCCUCUACAAAACAACCCAAGAUCUUAAUGACAAACUCAUUAUCAAAGAAUAUUGCACAUGUCCCUAUUGACCAACUCAAGGAUGGUGAAAAUGAUGGCCCACAAAAUUCCUAUCCAUGUCCAAAUAUUUUGACGUCUGAAGUAAAUGUGGGGCUUGUUUCUGGAAUUCACUAUGUUGAGUUGGAAAGUUUUAGUGUCCAAAUUCAUGUUCCUGCUUGGAUUAGAAGUGAUGCUUUUGACACAUCAGAGGUGAAGCAGGGUGAAAAGAACAUGAAUGAUUUACGAAACAUGAUUUAUGGAAAUCGACAUGGCCUUUUUACUGUUGGCUUUCAAGCUAGGAAUGCUAAACUUUUUAACUUCGGGACCAUUAUGAGAUUGAAAAUUGAUCUAGAUAAAACCUGGGGUACAGUGGAGCUAGUAAAGGAUGAUACGACACGCACAUGGCCCCUGUUUGAACUAUUUCAAGUGAACCUGGAAGCUGAAAUUUGCACUAGUUGCAUUGAGCAUAUCCAUGCGAACGUGGAUCUUCAAUGUCACUGUCUGGAUGUAUGGUUAUCAGAUCACAUUCUUUAUUUCUGGCACUUUGUGGAUUUUGAAAGUCCAGCAGCUGGGCCUUCUCAGUUUAGUGUCAGUCAAGUGAAAUUUGAAAUCCAGCUUAGAAAGUUUUCUCUUCUUUUGGCUGAUGGAAAGUGGAGUUCAAGUGGACCUUUGCUGGAGUUACUCAUGACAAACUUGCUUCUUCGCUCAAAUAUAGCUGGAAAUGAAAUGGAGGGUUUAGUGAAGUGUGAAGUCCAAGUGAACUACAAUAACAUUGACAAGGCGUUGUGGGAGCCUUUCCUAGAGCCAUGGAAAGUCCAGCUAAGCAUAAGAAGGCAUGACGACCAUUCCCUUUUGAGUAGUGACGUUACUAGCAAUCUUCAUAUUGAGUCGACAACUCAACUUAACUUGAAUCUUACCGAGUCCCUUAUUGAGGUUGUUUCUAGGGCAAUUGAGAUGACUAAAAAUGCAUGGGAUCUGGUACAGUUGACUGCUCAUUCUGAAAUCCCAUCAUUCUUAAAUUCUCAGAUAAGUGAAAAUCUGGACACCCGGAGUUCUCCUCCUUAUAUACUGCAAAAUCUGACUUCGCUGCCUUUAGAGUUUCAUGUCUAUCAACAGCAGCAGAGUGGUUAUGGCUUAGAAGUACCCUCCGUGAAAGGUGGAAAGUAUUUACAACCAGGAUCUUCUAUUCCAGUUUAUGUUAGUGAAAGUCUUGAGGAACAAAUUUUACGCUAUAGGCCUGCACAAUCCUGUGACCAACUUGGUGACAAAAAGUCGGUGGAGCCUUCACAUCAUUAUAUCAUUGUUCAACUCGAGGGAACAUCAUUUCCUUCUGCUCCUAUUUCAAUGGAUCUUGUUGGUAUUAGAUACUUUGAGGUCGAUUUUUCCAAAUCAUCAAGGAAGUUUGAUAUUGAUACAACUAAGAAUGUUCCAAACAGUAGUAUAAAUGAUGGAAGGAACGGUAGAAUAGAAGAAAAAAGUGGCUUUAUCGUUCCUGUAGUGAUUGAUGUGUCCAUACAGAGUUACACGAAGAUGGUGCGGUUGUACUCAACUGUAGUAGUAUCAAAUGGAACUUCUGUGCCUCUUGAAGUACGGUUUGACAUUCCAUUUGGUGUUUCUCCAAAGAUUCUGGACCCCAUAUAUCCUGGUCAACAGUUUCCUCUUCCAUUACAUUUGGCUGAAGCAGGACGAAUGAGAUGGCGUCCUCUUGGUAAUUCUUACUUGUGGAGUGAAGCCCACAGUAUUCCAAAUAUUCUUUCAAAUGAAAAUAGAAUCAGCCUUUUGCGCUCUUUUGUCUGCUAUCCAUCUCAUCCAAGCAGUGACCCUUUCCGCUGCUGCAUAUCUGUGCAUGAUUGGUGCUUAGCGUCAGCUGUGUCACCAGAAAAAGGGUUUUCUUUGUCCAACAAUAUUCUAACACAACCCCUUAAAGCUCAUAACAAUGUAACUUACAUGCUCAAGUCCGAGAAGAGGAAUGUACAUCAGUUGACUUUAAGCAGUCCAUUGGUGUUAAAGAACUAUCUUCCGGAGAUGGUAUCUGUGACAAUAGAAAAUGCUGGUGUUUGUCGUUCUGCAGAUGUGUCAGAGGUUGAAACUUCUUUCUUCCAUGUUGAUUCUUCACAUGACCUCACAAUAACUUUCGACAUGCCUGGAUAUAAACCUUCAGCUGUGAAAUUUCCACGUGCUGAAACAUUUGGUGAAAUAGCAAAGUUCAGCGGAACAAGGUUCUCUUUGUCGGAGACUAUUACUUUUGACCCUCAGUCAUCAGAUGGUCCUCUGUGUGUUGCAAUUGAGAAGGUGAUGGAUGCAUUCUGUGGAGCUCGUGAAAUAUGCAUUUCGGUUCCAUUUUUGCUAUACAAUUGCACUGGUUUCCCCCUUGUUGUGUCUGAAUCUGUCAACUGGACAAAAGGCCAUUUUAGUGUUAUUACUUCUUGCUAUGAUGUGGACGAGCAGGACCUAAUUCUCCGCAAGAAAGAUGGUCUUGGCAUUUUUACUUCUAAUCAAGAUAUGGAUACAGCUGCGAAUAGCAACAUUCUGCCUGUAGCUCCCUUGAGCAAUUACCUCGUCACAAAGUCACAUGACCGUAAAUUCUCUGAGACACAAUCGAUCGAGUUUGAUAAUUCAACAGUUCUUCACCGGGGUUCACAGAAGCAUGAUAUAUAUGCUUCAAAAGCAUCGCUUCACUGGAGUAGGUCUUAUACAAGCAGUCAGUCCAGCUUAAAAUCUUGUAGCUUAACAGAAGGUGAUGCUUGGAAGGUUAAUUGCCGGAUGUAUUCACCUAACCCAAGUUUGUCUUCAAGUGAAAUUAUGGUCCGACUGUGUAGAUAUCUACCUAAUUCUCUGAUGGAUGACAUUCCUAAUGAUUCUUGGUCUAUCGCUUUUUCUCUUGUGCCGCCUACUGGUUCGACCAGUGUAACGGUCCCACAACCAUCCAGGAAAUCUGGUUAUGUAACUUCUGUUAGUGCUGUUGCAGCACCAUUUUUGGGUAGGACAAGAAUUAUUACCUUUCAGCCAAGAUACGUAAUCAGUAAUGCAUGCAACAAGGAUUUGUGUUACAAGCAGAAAGGAACAGAUGAUGUUUUCACAUUGGAAUCUGGAAGGCAUUCUCAUAUUCAGUGGACGAAUACAAUGAGGGAGUUGCUAGUCUCUAUUAAAUUUGCUGAACCUGGAUGGCAAUGGUCCGGUUGCUUCUUGCCAGAACAUCUAGGUGAUAUUCAGGUGAAAAUGCGAAAUUUUCUCUCUGGUGCCGUGAACAUGAUACGUGUGGAAGUUCAGACUGCUGAUGUCUCAAUUAAAGAUGAUAAAAUUAUUGGGAGCCCUCACGGUCAAUCGGGGACAAACUUGAUUCUUGUGUCAGAAGAUGAUACUGGCUUUAUGCCAUACCGUAUUGACAAUUUCUCCCAGGAGGUAUAUUCCUUCUGUGCAACACAGUAGUUUUUGACCUUGUAUUAGCCACAGCUAGAUGGGUAAAAUAUUCUCUAGGAUUUUGGUUACCGCAAAAGUCUUGCUUUAAAGUCAUCUCCAAUUUUUUCACCGCUGCCACCCUAUUUAUGUGACAUAAAUUGAUUGGGAUGCAGAUAUAGACUUCAUUUCUGAGUGACAUAGGAUACUAGUAGCAUAUGUGAACAAAUACAAGGUUGGAUGAGGACACGAAUACCACAAGACAAUAAUAAGUGUCUAAAACUAGGGGACUAUUCUAGUAUAUUUUGAGUUUUGACAAAUUUUUGUAGCAAAUUCUUACAAAGAUGUAAGCUACCAAAAAGGAAAACAUUUAACACAGAUCUGGUUUGAGAACAAUGGACUAAGUUAUUUAAGUAAAAAGAGAAUAAAAUAUCUAAACGUCUAGUGAAUGCCACUGAGUAUGCUCGUUCUAUAAGGGUGAACUGGCGAUUUUCAUCUCUAAUUUGCAACCCGCAUUACUGUCCAUGUUUUCCUUAAUUAGCAAAUUUUAACAUAUAUAUUCACAUUAAGUUAGUAAAAAUGUGAUUCCAAUUAUGUAAUGAUUGCUAUGCCAUCUCGUCUAAAAAUUCAAGUUGUUGAGGAGACAAGUGAAUACACUAUUUAUUUAAUUGGGUUUUCAACAUGGUUUCCCACAUCUGGAAAAUUCACUUUAUGUGUGUACCUGACCUCGUCUAAAACUUCAGCUUUCUAGAGGAUCUCUAUAUAUUUAUCCAAAAUCACUGUGUUAAAGACCUUUUUAAAUUCUCUAUAGCAUAAGAAUAUUUAAGAUUUAGCAAAGUAAAUUGAUAUUUCUUAAAGUAGUUUGUCCAUAACAAAGUUUGUUUUAGGUUAAGUAUUAGGUUACAAAGUCGUUCCCCAUCCAUAGGUUGACAUAUCUACUAAAUUAGGUAACAUUGGUCUAAAUUUUAGCAAACUCAUCAAAUUAUGGAAUUGGUUAGUGAAUUGUUUAAUUGUGUAAUCACCUCUUCUUAAAGUUUGUGUUGUUGGUGUUGUUAGUUUGGUCUGUUGUCUGUCUAUCUUAUCUUCUUCAACUCCCUUAUUUAAGGUGUCAAAAGUAUUGGGCCUUCCAAGAGCAGUAAAGAUUUACCAUCUUUAGAAAGUAAAUUUUAACUCAACUAAGAAGAGUGCUAAACAUAAAUUGUCCUUAAAUUCCACCAAUUAUUUAAACAUCUUGUACUCCAAUAAUUUCUUUCCUUUCCAUUUUGGUCAUGUCUACUCAGAAAAAUUGGAAUAUGGAGUGCUAAUGUCCUUUUAAAUAGUUUCAUCAAGGUAAAAAGCUUGAUAUUUGGUCCUAUAAUUGUAGAUUUUGAGAAGAAGAAAAGGCUUCUUGUAUUUCUGUGUGUGUUUACAUCCACAAAUCUCCUAAUGCUAAUUAAAGAAAUAAAAUAAAUCUAUACAUUCAGUCGAACUAUCAAAUCAAAUCAAUUAAAAAUCAAAUUUCCUAAAUAUAACUAAAUCACCUGAAAUCAUGCUGAUCAACAAUCUCCAAAAUAUAAUCAAAUCUCUUAAAUCAUGCUAAUCAACACUCCCCUUAAGUUGGUGCAAAGAUGUCGCACAUGCCCAACUUGCAACUCAACGUAUGAAAAGUUCGCUUGUUGAGACCUUUGAUAAACACAUGAGCUAGUUGUUUUUCCGAUGGCACUUAAAACAAACUCAAGACACUAGUUGUAAUUUUUUUGUAUGCUUUGUUCGGUUAUGCUGGACUGAAUUAUGAGCUAUACUGAUGACAGUCUUAUUAUCACAAUACGAGGAAAGUUUUUCUUUUUCAGACAGGCUCAAUUCCACUUGUAGCUUUUGUAGCCAAAGCAGUUCGCAAAUACCCUUGGCCAUAGCUCUAUAUUUUGCCUCCGCACUUGAUCUAGCAACUACAUUUUGCUUCUUGCUUCUCCAAGUAACCAAGUUUUCUCCUACGAGCGUACAAUAGCCGGAUGUAGAUCUUCUGUCAUCUAGAGAAUCAGCCCAAUCCGCGUCUGUAAAGGCUUCUAUUUGGAGGUGAUCAUGUUUGGAGAAAAGUAUACCUUUCGCUGGAGCACACUUUAGAUACAAAGACAGCUUGCAUAGGAUCUCGGGGAUCAUGCAUGAACUGACUCACCAGGCUAACUGAAUAGGCUAUGUCUGGUCUAGUGUGGGAGAGAUGAAUGAGUCUUCCAACCAACCUCUGAUAUCUCUCUCCUUAUCAACUGAUUCUCCAACUCCGCUUUGUAACUUGUGAUUGCUUUCAAUGGGUGAUUCUGUGGGUUUAGUUUCUUUCAAGACAUCCAGAAUAUACUUCCUUUGAGAAAUAAAGAUUCCUCUUUUUGAUCAAGCCAUCUCAAUUCCCAAGUAGUGCAUUUUUCCUAGAUUUUUGAUCUUAAAUUCAUAUGCAAUAACUUCUUCAAUCGGGCUAUCUCCUCUUUGUCAUUUCUAUGUCAUCAACAUAAACUAUGAAAAGAGUGAUUUUACCCGUUUGAUGUCUUAUGAAGAGGGUGUGAUCAACAUUGUUUUGUUGGUAACCGAAAGAGAUCAUUGCUUUGCAGAAUCUGUCAAACCAAGCUCUGGGGGAUUGCUUCAGUCCGUACCUCUCUUCAAUCUGCAUACCUUUCCUUAAUUUUGUGCAAUAUCAAAUCCAGGAGGAAUCUCCAUAUACACCUCUUCUUCUAUGUUUCCAAGAAGAAAUGCAUUCUUCAUAUCAAACUGUUGCAAGUCUCAAUCAAGAUUAGCUGCAUAAGACAAAAGAAUUCUAAUAGUGUUUGUCUUAGCAACAUGGGCAAAUGUCUCUUGAUAAUCCACUCCAUAAGUCUGAGUGAAUCCCUUAUCCAUCAAUCUUCCUUUGAAUCUUUCAAUCGAGCCAUCAACUUUGUGCUUCACAGUGAAGACCCAUUUGC